UUUCAGGUUGCAUGGAGACAAACAACCAAUACAUUUAACCAGCUGUUGUACCUCAUAGUUUGAAAAAAAAAAAAAGAAAAAAGUUCGAAAAAAAGAGUUUAUGUCAUGAAAUUUGCGUAAUCAUCUUUGUUCCUUUAAAAAGUUUGUCCAGCUCACUUAUCUACGUGCUACGUGGGUAGUCUCGGACUGGUAACCUGCACACUGGGGUCGCAGACUGGAGAGGGGAGGUUGGAGCGCGGCACAACAUAAGAACUGCACUGUCUGGAAACGACGUCUCUCCGUCCCUGGUGAAAUCAAACUUUGCACAGGGAGCACCUGUAACCACAUUCUGCAACAAUCGAGGUGCUCGUUUUGAAAACUAUGUCCGGUGGCACCAUAGCCAGGGUGCUUGUUGCGCUCUGUAUCGGGAGCGUGGUGAACUGCCUGCCCAGAGGGAAGCACAGGAGUCGGCGACAAGGGCAGCAGCAUGAAGGCGCUCAGGUGGAAAGGUGCCUUGAUAGGAUCAACCAGCAGUACUACGCUGUGGGAGAAACCUAUGAGAGACCAAAGGACCGGAUGAUCUGGGAUUGUACCUGUAUUGGAUCUGGGACUGGCAAGAUCAGCUGCACCAUUGCCAAUCGCUGUCAUGUGGAUGGGGCUUCAUAUAAGAUAGGAGACACCUGGAGGAAACCCCAUGAAACAGAAGGCUACAUGUUGGACUGUGUCUGUCUGGGUAACGGCAAUGGACAGUGGACUUGCAAACCUGUCGAUGAGCGUUGCUAUGAAAACCCGACGGGAACGUCCUACGGUGUUGGGGAGACAUGGGAGAAGCCGUUCCAGGGAUGGAUGAUAGUGGACUGCACGUGUCUGGGAGAGGGAAGUGGACGUAUCACAUGCACCUCCAGAAAUCGCUGUAACGACAAGGAUACUUUGUCCUCCUACCGUGUUGGAGAUACCUGGACCAAAACAGGUGCAGAAGGCCACCCUCUCCAAUGUCUGUGCACAGGGAAAGGCCGAGGGGAGUGGAAGUGUGAUCGACAUGCUCCCCGUCACACUACUGGCCUGGGUAGAGUGGUUGCUGGGGGAAUGGCUUUGGGACCGGAAGUUUACAGGACCCUGUGCUUUGAUGUCUGCCGUCCCUCCUGGGUGCUAGCAGCAACAUCUCUGCUUGCAAGUGCAGGUGUCCCCACAGAGACAGUUACCACCUGUGAAGGCAACCAUGUCCAUCGACUGAGCUGUGAUAAUGGAGUGAUCAGUGUUCAGACGGUACUGUACGGACGUACAGACAGUGUGACCUGCAGUGAGGGAAAACCUCAACAACAGAUCUCUAAUACAGACUGCUCUUUGACCAACACUGAGGAUGUCCUCAAGAGAAGGUGUGAUGGAAAAAGAGUGUGUGAACUAAAUUCAAAUAUCUUCGGAGCAUCUGAUCCUUGCAGGGGCACCUACAAAUAUCUGCAGACCAAGUACAACUGCUUCCCAGCAGUUCACCAAGUGACAUGUGAGGACUCUCUGGCAUACCUGCAUUGUGAUGAAGGGCUGGUUAUAAGGGUGUACGGCGCUGAUUACGGACGCCGUGACCGGACCACAUGCUCUUACCAACGGCCUGCCUCUCAAAUCCAAAACACUGACUGUGCAAGUCCAACCAGCCACGUUUCUGAAAGCUGUAAUGGGAAAAACAGCUGUAUUGUUAAAGCAAGCAACUCAGUGUUUGGAGACCCCUGUGCUGGCACUUACAAGUACCUGGAGGUGGCUUACACAUGUGAAUUGUGUGUUCACCUUCUAGACUGGGUGAAUUGUGCAAGACACAGUUCUUACCACAGUAGUAUAAAUACAGGUGUGUUUGUUCCUGACAUCACUUCCACUGUUGACCUCCGACUGGAUCUUCUAAAAACCAUGCUCCACUUCCGACUCAGCACCACACUGUUGCUAGCAGCAACGUGUUUGCUCAUGAGAGAAGUUGUUUCCACAGAGAAAGUCAUCACCUGUGCCAGCAGCUCCAAUGUCCAGCACUUGAGCUGCGAUAUGGGAGUGAUCAGUGUGCAGGCAGCACUGUAUGGACGUGCAGACAAUGAGACCUGCGGUGAGGGCAGACCUCAACAGCAGCUUGCCAAUACAGAGUGCUCUCUAGAGGGUACAGUGGACAUCCUCAAGAAAAGGUGUGAUGGCAAGAAGGUGUGUGAGAUAAACAUAAAGGUUGUCCGUACCUCUAAUCCCUGCCCUGGCAUCUACAAAUACCUGGAAACCAAGUACACCUGCUUCCCAGCAAUUCGCCUGGUUACAUGUGAGCGCUCUUUGGCACAUUUGUUUUGUGAUGUAGGGCAGGUUAUAUUUGUCUAUGGUGCAGACUACGGACGUCGAGACCAGACCACAUGCUCUUACAAACGGCCUGCCUCUCAGACUGAGAAUGUCUACUGCUCACACCCCACUAGCAAAGUUGCUGACAGCUGUAAUGGGAAAAACAGCUGCACUAUUGAAGCAAGCAACUCAGUGUUUGGAGACCCCUGUGUCGGCACUUACAAGUACCUGGAGGUGGCUUACACAUGCAUAUAUCCUGAGGCCCUUCCAAAGCACUCUCUAUCAGCACGCUGAUAUUUCAGUCCUAUCACAAUAAAGAUGCAUUGAAUUACAAUUUGUCCACUGGCUUGAGAAAUGUAAAACAUACUGAACCAGCCUGAAUAUUCUGAGCACCUGUGUGUGAAUUAAAUAAAAUGAAUGAAAACAGGA